AUGGCUGGGGAGUGUGGGGGAGGCAAGCUACUUUGUCUUAAAGAUUUGGGCCUGAAACCUGGAGGAUGUGUAAAAGUGAAAGGAGACAUACUGCCUGAUGCCAAGAUGUUUUCCAUUAACCUGGGCAAGGAUGAAGACAACAUUGGCCUGCACUUCAAUCCUCGCUUCAACUAUCAUCAUUCUCACAACAUCAUAGUCUGCAAUUCUAAGAUGCGUGGCAUUUGGGGCUCAGAAAAAAGGGACCCCAACUUCCCCUUUAAGCCAGAAAUGUCAGUGGAGAUUUCCAUAACCUUUGAAGGGCAGCAGUUUAGAGUGAGGAUGCAGAAUGACCAUGAGAUCACUUUCCCCAAUCGCCUUGACUUAAAUCAGAUAGACUACCUGUCAAUUGCUUCAAACUUCAAUGUAAGAAAUGUGGACUUCGAAGGAAUGCUGCAUUCAAGUCAGUUUCAGAUGAUUAUUGACUAUUGA